ACUCAAACACUGUACGUUGUGGCGAGUCAAAUAAUAUGGGCUUAAAAAUUUACUUUUUAUCUUGUAUAGGUCUAAUAUUAUUUCCUAUUGCAUGCAAAUGCAAAGUUUAUUACUCCGAAAGGUUGCCAUUUAAUCUGAGAUGCUCAAAUUAUUUAAGCAAAGAACUGAAGCAUGAAAUUAAUUCCUAUAGAGAUAUUGUGCAACACAUAAUGGAGCAGAUACAGUCUGCUCCUCUUAAAGAUGUACUUUAUGAUGAGUACACAAAAUUCAUUGACAAAUUUGGGGCUCGACCAUCAGGUAGCAAAGUUUUAGAAGAAUCCAUAGAUUACAUGGUUAAUUUAACAAUAAAAUACGGUACUGAUACCGAAGAAGUGAUUGAAGUGAAAACUGAGGAGCUAGAAGUUCCUCAUUGGGUCAGAGGAGAGGAAUCAGUAAAAAUGAUUCGACCUCGACUUAAGAAUAUUGCUGUAAUUGGACUUGGUUCUAGUGUGCCAACACCAAAAGAAGGAAUUGAAGCCGAAUUAAUUGUUGUAAGAAGUUUCCAUGACUUAGAACAGUUACCCAAAAAUGAUGUUAAAGGAAAAAUAGUUUUGUUUGAUAGAGAAUACACUGACUAUGAAGAAAAUGUCAAAUAUAGAAUUAGAGGUGCAUCCAAAGCUGCAAGAAAAGGGGCGGUUGCAACGCUUAUUAAGAGUAUAACACCAUUUUCACUUUACACGACACACACAGGCGAACAAGACUAUAAAAAAAGUGUUGUCAAUAUACCAGCUGGAGCUAUUACAAUUGAAGAUUCACUUUUACUAAGAAGAUUGUUUGAUCGUGGAGAAAAAGUAAUUUUAAAGAUCGUAAUGCAAAGUACCUAUGAUACGAAAAUAUCUAGAAAUACAAUAAUAGAUUUGAAGGGAGUUUUAUAUCCUGAAAAGAAAGUAAUUGUAUCAGGACACAUAGAUAGCGUGGAUGUCGGCGAAGGUGCAAUGGAUGAUGGAGGUGGUAUGUUUAUAAGUUGGUUUGUCCCAGUAGGACUAAAACUUUUGCGAUUGGUAUCGAAAAGAACUGUGCGUUCAAUAUUGUGGACUGCAGAGGAACCAGGUUUAAUUGGUGCUGCUGCUUAUUUAAAACGUCAUAUUCAAGAGUUGGACAACAUAACUUUUAUUAUGGAGUCAGAUGAAGGAACUUUCAACCCAAGAGGUUUGGAUGUAGCUGGAUCAAAUGGAGCUCGUUGUAUGAUUGCUCAAAUAUUAAAGCUAUUUAGACCGAUUGAUACAUUGACUGAAAAUGAUGAGCCGGGGUCUGACAUUACUCUUUUUACAAGGAAAGGCGUUCCAGGGGCUUCACUAUUAAACGACAACGAAAGAUAUUUCUGGUAUCACCACUCUCGAGCUGAUACAUUAAGUGUUCAAAACAAAGAUGACGUCGUGAAGUGCGCAGCAUUCUGGGCAGCUGUAUCAUAUGUGAUUUCAGAUUUAUCAGUAGAUAUUCCAAGAGAUUAAAAUUGUUAUAAAAAUCAAUAAAAAUAAUUUCAGGUAUGUUUGAAGUCACAAACUACUUAUCAAGUAUUAUAACAUUUAUAGUAUAUUGGCCAGUAAUAGCUCUGCUGUUUAUAAGUUAUAAUUUAUAACAGAAAUAAGGUAUUUAAAUAAAACCACGAUAAAUUAGCAAAAGGAAAAUAUUAAAUGUUUUAAAUUUCACUUUCACAGAAAUAAAAACAAAAUAAAAAAUAUUUUUGAAUUGAUUUCAACCUUAUAUACCAGAUACAAAAUAUCAUAAGUGGUAUUGUAUAUAAUACCAAUGUAUUUUAACACAAACCUUCACAUGCAAAAGACGUUGAAGUAAACGUAAUCUUAAAUAGUAAAAAAUUAUUAAUUACAUGAUUCUAAUUUGAAUUGUAACAAGGAAGGAACUUUCUUUAAAACCAAACUAUGGAAUAAGCAACCGUGUGGACGUAGUGGUGGGGCAACCAGUAUAUUAUGUUAUACUUAUCAAUGUAAUUCAGUAUUAUGUUUUUUCCCAAAUUUUUUAAGUUUGUAGCACGCAAGUUUUAUUUGUGUAAUUAAUCCUAGAAGUGAGGGUUAUCACUUUAAAAAAAAUAACAAAUUGUUUUAGAUUUGAAAUUCAAAUAAAUUGUAGUGCAUUUGAGACAUAAAAACCUUAUCAUAAUCAAACUAAUCACCAAAUUUCGUGAAAUUAUUUUUUGUAAAAAAUAAAAAACCAAAAACUUUGUUUUUUGAAUAUUUCCAUAAAUUUUGGAGAUAUGUGAAAAAAGUAAAAAAAACAAAAUUUAUAGAUCUUUUUAUUAUAUACAACUUUGCCAUUUGAAUAUUUUCCAUAAAUUCAAAUUCAAAUUCAAAUUCAAAUAUUUUCAUUCAAAAUAGGAUUUAAAAUCACUUAUUGAACGUCAAAAUCUACCACCCAUAAGACUUGUAAUGUCGCUGGAAAUCGAGUUAAACCGUUUUUUACGGUUAAACACCCUCCCUUUUCUAAUUCCUGACCUCAAAGCGCCCGCAUUUUAUUUUUCCUUACAUUUCUUUUGGAUUUAAAAAUUAUCGACAAUCACUAAAUAUCCUAGUAUCCUGUUUAUAAUACUGUAUUGAAGAAGAGCCAAACAAAUGAAAAUAUUGUAUUUAAAUGGGUUCUUUAUACAAUCAAAAUUUUCAAGUAAAUCUGGACAUUUUGAAGAGGUUGGAAAUCUCCUUUAAAGAUUUCGUUAUAUCCAUAUAUACAUACAGGCGUAGCUAAUAAAAUAAUAAGAUAUAUUAAAUAAAAAAGGCAUACAAAUUUAGAUUAAGAUUGGUCUCCGCUGCGCUGUAACUAGAUACCACACUACCUAAGAACAAUAGCUUUUUAUUACUGUCGUAAUUAUAGUGUAGUGUAUAUUGGCUAUUUGUAAAGAUGCUUGUGUGCGUGGCAUCUUGACACUCAAUGGCAUCUUUCAAAUUUUGUUACGUACGCUUGGGUAUAUUAUUUUAUAUUGAAACUAAUAAAAUACAAAAUACUUACUGAUGAUAUGUUCCCAGUGUCUUUUUUAAUUCUUGUAGUAUCAUUUUUACAAAGUCUUACUACGCAACCCGGCAUUUAGUUUCAAUUAUUAGCAAAAAAUUAACAGAACAUGUGGCACGGCAACGUCACACAUUGCUCUAGACUGGCUCGAGUACGCCGACUUGGGCGUAGUAUUAGUUGCCGCACUUUGCGACUACGCCUGCGGCAUCUAGUUGGAGCGCAGCAGAGACGAAUCCUUUAUCUAACCAUGAAAAUGAUAAUUAAAUAGGGCUUAUAACUUAAAUAUUUAUUUAAAAAAAAUGUAUUAUUAGAACUUAAUUACUAUUAAGUACCUAUUAAAUAAAUCAAAUCAUUAAUU